CCCCCCGGUGUCAUCCUCUCUCUCUCCCCCCCGUGUGAGCCAUGGAAGACGAGCCGUCCCACGCCGAGCCCAGCAGCAGCCUGUCCGGCAGCACCACCACCAUCCCCCCGGAGCUCCUCAUCCCGAGCUUCAGCCCGUCCUCCGCGCCGGCCUCCCCCCUCCCAGCGGGGGGCACCCUGUCCCGGCUGGGCUUCAGGCCCCCCACCAGCCCGACCUCCGUGGCCCCGGGCAGCCCGGUGGCCGGCGGGCAGGUGAGUGCCAUCACCGUGGUGGCCCUGCUGGACAAGCUGGUGAACAUGCUGGAGGCCGUGCAGGAGAACCAGCAGCGCAUGGAGCUGCGGCAGGCCGAGCUGGAGGGAGCCGUGCGGGGUGUCCAGGGUGACGUCACCCGCCUGACCAAGACCCACGUCAGCACCUCCACCUGCGUGAGCAAGCUGCUGGAGCGAUCCCGCAAGGUCAGCGGCCACCUGAAGGACGUGAAGGAGCGCAUGGACAAGCAGGCGGUGCAGGUGAAGAAGCUGGAGGCCAACCACAGCCACCUGCUGAAGAGGAACCACUUCAAGGUGCUCAUCUUCCAGGAGGACAAUGAGAUCCCCUCCACUGUGUUUGUCAAGGACUCCCUCCGGACCCCACUGCCAAGCCAGUAUGACGCGGAAUCCACCAUGAUGACUCCAUCUAUCGCAGGCUCGGUUGAAUGCAGCCGUGCCCAAGACGAGGGUCUCCAGACCAUUAGCCUGUCCUCUGACGACGAUGAUGUUCUCAAAGCACUGCAGGAGGAGUCCGAAUUGCUGGCGGCCGACGCUGAAAUGGGUCUGAGCACUUCCCGCCCACUUGAGAGAAGAGCCGACAAAUUCAAGCGCAACAGCCUGAAGAAGGUCGAUAGCCUGAAGAAGGCCUUCACGCGCGAGAGCAUUGAGAAGAAGAUGAACAAGAUUGUGCCCCCAGAGCAGCGUGAGAAACUCAGGAAGAGUCUCACCCCCAGCCACCCCAAGAGCCCAACUGCCAAGUCCUCCUCAUUUAAGGUGUCUCCCAUGACCUUCAAUGUAAAGAAGGUCAGGGAUGUGCCGACCCCCACGCAAGACAUAGGUUCACCUGGGGAAGAAGACCAUGUGGAGAUUCCUCAUCUAGGAAACAUGGAUGGUGACAUUGCCUUGCCGGAGGUCCAUUCCAUUGAAGACGUUGUGGAGAUAAAUCAGGAAGGUCCCUCCACCCCAGACAGCAUGAAGGCAGAGCUGGCAAUCAACGGCAAAGCAACGAGUAUUGAGUGUGAGAUCAAUGGGGAUCACGCUGCUGGCCUGGCGGUACCAGAGCAGGAUGAAGAUGUUGGCGUGGAAGAAGAAGAGGAGAAGCACAAAACCCCUGUAGUAACAGCAGCCGAUGCCCAGAUCCCCCAAGCAUCAGCUGCUGUGGAGCAAGCUACUUAAUACGAUUUGAUUUUGUUGAGCAUCACUUCUAAUUUCACUUUUUUCUUUUCUUUCUUCUUAAAGUUUCUACAUUUGAUCCCCAUCAGGCUCGAAUGAUCCCUCCAUUAUAAACACUCAGCUCCCAAACAAACUCCAAACAUAAUCAUAGCUUCCUGAGUUACUUCCUCCUCGGGCCUUCUUACUACUUUAUCACCAGCAUACUCGAUACUGACACCUCGGUCAACAUCAAACCUCACAGUGCCCAUCACCAAUCUCCUCUUUCAACCAACACGGUGCCGCUACCUUCACCAGAACCGCUUCUUCAAAUGUCUGCCAAAAAAGGUACAAAGAUUUGACCCACUGACUUUGGAACUGCAGCAACAGGGAAAGGCUUUCCAGAACCUUCUAACGAAAAAAGGAAUUGACUUUAAGAAUCCAUUUAUUUUUAAAAAGCCAGCGAAAUCAGUUGCAUGAUGUCAGCCUCAACUCAUUUCCAACCAAAUGGAAAUAGCUCGUUUAUUUCCUGGUGAUUUGUGAAUUGGUGCAUCAUCGCCCACAACCGGUAUGGAGUGUGAACUUCUUAACAUUCGGAUCUCAGACCUGUUGAAAUGUGAGCCGGCUGUGGCAGCACGGCCCCGGUGGUAAACAGGUACAGGACUGCUUCUUAAACUCUUACGCUCGGUUGCCCAAGAAAAGCAACAUGCGCCACAACUCACCCUCGUCAACUGGUGCCCACCCGUCCGGCAGCAGCACAUCGCCAGGGUGGUGAGCCAACCACCUCCCUCCUGCUGUGUCUGGACCCCCCCCCCC